AUGGCAGCUGCAGAAGAUACUAGACGACAUGGUUACUCUGAUGAACAGCGUCCGCGCCCUCCAAAGAAGCGAUUCUUGGCCUCUUCUUCGUCAUCCCCCUCCCAAUCGAUCGAUGGUGAUAGCGACGACUCUGCUUCUGACGAUGGUGGCAAGACUUUGAUGGAACCAUAUGAAGAUUUCAGAAGAGACGCGAUCUUUAGACAAUGGAAAGAAUACACGCGUUUUCGAUCCAGAAGUCAAAAGCGUAAAAGGCAAGCUGAAGAGCACCAACACUCCAUGGAAACGAUCCACGAUGUUUGGAAAUCCCAUUUCAAUCAACUCCGUACUGCGUUGAGUGAUCUGGUCCCCGAGAAUUAUUCGAGCACGAUGCAAGAAUCGAGCAUGGCAGUAGCAGCAGACACCAUCAUGGAAAAUGCACCUACCAUGAGUGCUCUUGUAAAGUCGGCAAAAUCAACGGAAUGCGGCCCCGUUUGCUAUACACGCGCAUUCUGGUCAAAACGAGAAGCAACGGCAAACAAAUUCGCUCCUCUUCUUGAUGAUUCGCCUCUCAAGCAUGAAUAUCAAGGUGCAUUUGAAAAGUGGAAAUCGAGUCAGCAAUCGUUUGAUGAUGCAAGAGGGAAAUUGGAUAUCGAGAAUAACAAGCUACUUGUUCUUCGUGAAGAGCUUGAUCUGAUGAAUCGACGCAUUGCUAUUGCCGAGAACACUUUACGAGAUGUGCAAUCAGAAUUUGUGGAAACUGAGCAACGCAUUGCUGCCAAGAAAUCGGCAAAGGAACAAGAAGAAGCGAUGGAUAUUGAUGCCACCAACAAACAACAAGAGUCUAUCAAAGCACCAAUGGAAGCAACUAAAGAAGAGGAGUCAAAGCCGAAUGAAAGCAACACAUUGGCCCAAGUUCAGCAAACACUGGAUCGACAAUUACGUGAAAUCGAAGUGAUCAAAGACCAGCGUAUCGAUCUCAAACAACAGAUUGCACAAGCCGAGUUGGAUUUGGUGGAUGUACCAGAGUCACGCAUUUACAAAUCACCCGUCAUACGCCAAUUGUAUCAGGCACGAGAGAUCCAACGUGAUAGGAGUGACCACCUGACAAGCCUAUGCCGCAAAUUACGACGCGAUCUUGAAGCAGCCCUUGCCGGUCGUCGUGCUUUUCUAAAAGAGCGGGAUAACGAGCAAUUGGAUCACAUCCAUAAUCUACAAAGGCAGUUGAGGAGACUUGAUCGAGAGCUCAAUGAAAUUCGUGGACAGCGGGAUACGUUGCAAGUGAUCGCUGAGGAGUGCAAGAGCACAAAGGAUACCACACGCAAGUCAUUGCCCGAAUUACAAUUGAUUGCCGAAUCACGCAAGAGUCGCACAUCGAUCCUCGAGGUUGAAUUAUCCUUGUUACAACAAAAGGCAGCGGCAAUGACGGGUAAUCGGCAUUUCUAUGAGUACGUGGUGAGCUUGGGCAAAGAACCAUCAUUGGCAUCGGCAGAAGAGGAAUUAGCGUCUCUGCAAGAUCAGCUCAAUGAUGCAAAAGCAAAAUAUUGUGAAAAGCAUGGCUUGGAUACGCGACAAAUGUUGGAGGAUGAAUUGGCACGUGCAUUGGAAAUCAAGCGACUUGAAGAACGUGCAAAGGACUUUUGUACCAAAUACGGGUUUGAAGUCUCCACCAAUGACUAUGACGAAGCACUCAGGAUACUCGAACAACAAUAUCAAAAACUCGAGGCGUCAUUGAUUGAUUCUCGGAAGUCCCUAGACUCGCUUGAAUCAGGAGCCGUGGAAUCAAUGGCAGUUAUUGCACAGGCCUCCAAAGGUAGUGCUACGCUGGACGAGCAAAACUUGGAACAAGUGCAAAACUUGAUGCAAAUCGAGGAGGAGGUUACUAAGCUGCAUUCUGAGAAAUCCAAAUACGUUCAGGCGUUCAACAAUCUCAACAAAGCCAAAGAUGCAAACACCUUGGUCGCCAAUGCUCUUACUAAGCAAAUUGAAAGGGAGUUGGCCUACAUCAAGCAGCUUAAUGAACGAGAAAAGAACAUGAAUAGCCAUUUGAAUGUAUUGGAACGAGAGUUGACUACCAGUAAAACGGCAUUGGACAUGUACACCCAAAAGGAGGAAGAAUUGGUAGAGACGUUGAAGGAACUUAAAAAGAGCAUGUCGUUUUCAAAAGAAAAGUUGGUCGAGUUCACCAAAUCAGCUAUGGAAAAGAUACAAUCGAUUGAGCAAGAUGCGCAUGAACGAUUACGUGUGGAAGAAAACAGUGAGCUCUUGAGACUGAAAUUGAAAGCCAUCAACAAGAAUGAUCGGCCUGCAGAAAAAGAGCUUCGCAAGGAAAAAGAAGCGUACGAGUCCUUACUCAACUGCAAUUUAUGCAAUGAACGAUACAAAUCCCAUAUCAUCUUGCGGUGCAUGCAUACAUUUUGCAAGAAAUGUCUCGACGAACUCAUGGAAAACGGACCACGACGAUGUCCCAAGUGCAAUGAAACCUUUGGAGUCAACGAUGUCAAGCAAUUCUACUUUUAA